CACACACACACGCACCAUGGACACUCUCUGGGUACUGCUGAUGUAUUCUUCGCUCUGUGUGUGUAUCUUAGGUCUUGUCAUCACCCAGUCUCCUGCUCACAUCACUGCACUGGCUGGAGAGGAGCUACACCUCACCUGCAAUUACCCUCGAGGACGAUAUGGACAAGGAGGAUAUGGAGAAGAAAAACUAGUCUGGAUGAAACAGAGCUCAGGAGAGAGGCCUGUGUCCAUAGCAUCCAUUUACUAUAGUAAACUGUUUUACGAAGAAGAAUUUGCAAUGACUGGACGGCAUAAAGUAGAGGGGGAUGGUAGAGCUGGUGUUUUCAACUUGAACAUCUCUAAAGCUCAGCCAUCAGACUCCUCCACGUACUACUGUGCUGUUAUUUUGCAUUAUGGAGUGGUGUUUGCAGCAGGAACUGUUGUGGACAUCAGAGAGAAGCAGCUGUACGUCACUGAGCAGCCAGACUCACUACCGUCCCCAUCUGGUGGUAACGGGACUCACGCCACUGAUGAAGAGAAGAAGCCACCUGUCACUGAGCAUCCAGACUCACCGUCUCCCCCCUCUGGUGAUAAUUGGAAUCACACACCUGAUGAAGGGAAGAAGUCACCCGUAACUGAGCAUCCAGACUCACCGUUGCCCCCAUCUGGUGAUAACAGGACUCACACACCUGAUGAAGGUGAUGGCUCUUGGCUCAUCGCUGUGUCAUCGGUGGCCAUCCUGCUGCUAGCGAUGAGUCUGAUGGUGAACGUGGCUCUCUGUCUGAGGAUCAGGAAGUCCUACUCACUAGUGGGCGGUUCUAGACAGGAACCAGGGUGGGCCAGGGCCCCUGUAGAUUUCCUCCUGGCCCCCGCUGAGGCCCCUGUGCUGAACAGCCAAUGACUUAAAAUUAAUUAGAAUUUCUAAAUGCAUGAUAUGACAUGAUAUGAUGUACCUUUUUGUGUAUUAUAUAUUCAUAUCAUUAAAACAUUUUAUCUCUUU